GGCGUCUCCAAGCGGUAUUGCAUCAACUUGGAAACCACCUCUUAUUUUAUUUUUCCACCUCCAUUAACAAAUUCUCCUAACAAGUAACAAGCCUGAACAAACUGAUCAGUUGUGCGCCAGACACGGUCCUUUCAUAGCCAUUGUAUUUCGGUUCGUUAAAUUUUGCAAAAAAAAAAAAAAAAUGUAUAUAGUUUAUACUUGUUAAAAAAAAAAAAAUUAGCAAAUUUCACAAUAGUGCCAAAUUAGUGGUUUACAAACACAUAGUUUAUAAUUAAACAAAUAAAUAAUUUUAAUUUUGGAGUUAUUUGAAUUUUAGUCAUUUAUAAAAAGCCCGUUUAAAUGUGCUAGUUAUUUUAUUUUAUUAUAGCUUGUGUGUUACACUAUGAAAUUAUUUAAAACAAAAUUGUGAAAAUAAUAUUAUUUUUAAAAUUGAGUUGAAAAAUUUAAUAGGAAAAAUUACAAAAAGUGAUUUAAAAAAUAAUUUGUGAUUUAGUGAUUUAAAAAAGUAGAAGAUUUAAAAAAUAAAACAACCAUGCGGUUAAUAAUUUUAUUGUUUUUGUGUUUGUGCAUCUGUGGAGUGUUAUCACGUUCAUCAAGAUUAUCAAGGAGUAAUGAAAAAUGUGAAUCUGUUCGUCCCUUUUUUGAAACUCUCAAUGUCACUGUUGAUGAAAUUAAACAAAAGGAUUUAACCACGAAAAAUAUUUGUGGUGGACAGUGUUGCAGUAAAAAAGCAGAAGAGCAAUUGCAAGACCAUGCACGUACAAACUUUCACAGUCUCAUCCACCAUCACAGUAGGGUACUCCAGGGCCACCUGGCAAGGACCGCUGAUACUGUAAGAGAAACUGUGACCACAUUGGCACGACAAUCUGAGAACAAAACAUUAAAUUUAUUUGAACAAGUCUAUCGUUCAAUGUCAUUGCUCACCAGGCCAUCAAUUAGGACACUUUAUCAAGCGAUGAUCGAUCAUGUUAAUCUAACAACAACAAUACCCGAUGACGUUCAACAAUCACAACGUAUGAUGUUACAAGAACAUUUAAAUAAUUUUUUUACCCAAUUAUUUCCAAUUGCUUAUCAUCAUGUUGUUAAUCCAAAUAAUCAAGAUUUUACUGAUAAAUUUAAAGAAUGUCUUUAUGAAUCAAUUGAUGGUAUACAGCCAUUUGGAGAAAUACCAAAGCAAAUAUCACACUCUGUAAGCAAAAGUCUUGAAGCAAUGAGAGUUUUAAUUCAAGCACUUCAAUUUGGUGAAACAGUACUUGAAAAAAUUGAUUCAAAUUUAUUUCAAAGUACUAGUUCUCAUCAGAUACUUUGCAAUGAGGGAUUGUUAAAAAUGGCUUAUUGUCCCAAGUGCUCAGGUCAUUCAUCAGUUUCCGCCUGCAAAGGACUCUGCAAAAAUAUUGUGAGGGGAUGUUUGACAGAACCAGCAUCUGAAUUGGAUCUUGCAUGGUCUGGCUAUGUUGAGGGUGUUGAACGAUUGGUUGUUUCAAUUGUUGGAAAAGCAGAUUUGGGUUUUAAUGCAGAAAAAGCUAUCAAAAAUUUGGAUGCCCAAAUAUCAGCAGCUGUCAUGGACGCUAUGAAAAAUGGACCAGCUCUCAAAGAAAAGGUGAAAAAAGCCUGUGGUAGUUAUGAGCUAAAAAAGAGUAGAUCUCUGAGUGAUUUUGACAAUCACAGUUCACCUAAAGAAGCUGGAGUAACAUCUGGUUUAAUGCGAUCAUCAAAUAUAGAAGAUCGUUUAUCUGUAACACAUACCAGCAAUUUUCGUCUUGAUCGUCCAGAUCCUUUACAAACACAACUUGGUAAUUUUGUAGCAAGUAUCGUUGGUUCUCGUACUUUUUACGGUACAUUGGCUGACUCUAUAUGCGCUGAAUAUCCUGAUACAGAAUGCUGGAAUGGUGCACGUAUUGGAGAGUAUACAAAAGCUGUCGUUGAUUCGAGUUUAAAUGCUCAAAAAUAUAAUCCAGAAUUUAAUGGUAUUAACACGACAUCAUACCUAAAUUCCAACACAAGUCAACUUAUCGAUCAACUAAAACAUAUUAAUAAGAUGAUAGAGUCGCGAUUAUCAUGGGAUAAAGAUCCCAAUGUAUAUUACUCUGAUCAGCCAGAACUGGAUGGAUCUGGUCUUACAUCUGGUGAUGGAUCUGAUCCUCCUGAUGGAUCAUCUGGAUCUGGACAAGAACCAAGAAUCACAUCAGAGGAACCAAAAGUACCAGAACCAGAAACUCCAAAACCUCCAUCAAGUAGUGCCUCCAUGAUGACCAAAUCAAUUGGAUUAUUGUCAUUACUUUUGCUAAUUUAUUAUGUAAAUUAAUAAGCAAAAGUUGAUGCUAAUCAAUUGACAAAAUAAUUGUAGAAGAAUUUAAACAAAAAAAAAAAAGGACAAUGAUAAAAAAUUUGAAUUAAAAAAAACAAUCUGCGCGCAUGAGCGAUAUUAUUGACUGACAGUGAGACAAAAAUGAAAGUAAAUCGUAAAUUAUCCAUCUUCAAAAUAAUUACGUUUUUAUAUUGGCAACUUAACGUCUGAGGACAACAUGGAUCCUCGCCAAUUAAAACAAGUAAUAACUCAAUAAUUUAUAGGAAAAAAAAAAUAACUAAUUAAUUAACUGCCAUGCUAUUUUUUUUUUCUCUAUAAAGUAAUAUAAAGAAACACGUUAACGCUCUAAAAUUGAUAGAAAUUUAAAUAUCAAAUUUUCUUGUUUAUUAAUAGCUGUGUUAAAAUAUCAAUUAAAAAUUAUUUUAUUGAUCGUUAACUCGUAUAAAAGAUGGAAAAUAAUGAUUUAAUGAUAUUCAAUUAGAAAAAAAAAAAUAAAAUUGUUAGAUUGUGUGCUGCGUGCCGGCGCGUUGGCCUAACACUGUGUCUUUUUGAUUAAUUAGCCGAAUUAAUCUUUUAUUAUUAUUUUUUUUUUUUUUCACAUACUGUAAAUCUGCAGAUUACGUUUAAAAUAAUAAUAAUAAUAUAAAAAACGUUUGUGCCUUUUUCGAUAAUACAAUAUUGUCCGUCGUGUGAUUUUUUUUUUUCUUUUUUUUCGUUUGAGUCAAUGAUAAAAUUUUUAAUUAAUUUUUAUUUCUUGGAGGAAUUAUUCUACAAUUUAAUAUGACAUUCAGCAUCGGUUUUAAAUACCAGUCAAUUUUAUUUGAAAAUCCGCGCAGGUACGUGUGACGUAAAAGCAACUGUUUUAACAAAAGCGUACAAUUUUUUAAAAGUAAUUUAAAUGACUGGCACGAAGCGUGUUGUUGCAUGUGGAUAUGUGAAUUAAAAAUAUUUUUUUCUACCGAACAAUAAUCAUUUAAAAAUGAAAAAAAAUUUAAUUAUUAUUUUUCUGCUAUUUAUAUCCGGUUUUCUUUAAUUUUUCAAACAAUUUUCGUUUUUUUUCGACACUUUUUUAUCUUGUUUUUUGCUCUCUUCUUAAUGUUUUUUUUUUAAUUUUUAAAUCCAAAAAUUUUAUUCGCAAGAACAAUAAACUUCGACGUAAUUUAAAUAACUAUUAUUAUUAUUAUUAUUAUCCAUAUUAUUAUUGAAUUAAAUUGUAUGCUGGAUAAAUGAUUUUGUAAAUAGAUUUUUUUUUAAUUUUCUGUGUGUGCCUGAUGUAUUUAUAUUUGAAAAAGAAAAAAAAAUAUUGUUUUUUUUUCUUUAACGUAUUUUAUAUUAUUUUAUUUAACUAUAAAUAAUUAAAAUCAUGUAAUUACUAAUUAUUUAAAAUAUAAAUAAUUAUUUUUAAACAACAUAGUGCGUUAUGUUAUUAUAAUUUAAUUUGCGUUUAAGCUUUACUCCAAUUUUAAAAAAACUUAAAAUUUACUAAAUGAUCAUGUUCAAUGAAGCAUUGUUCAGCCAUUAAAUACUAGUUGAACUUUUUUUUUUUUUUUAAUACGAUUUUUAUUGAAAAAUAAUCAUGAAAAAAUCAAAAAAAAAAAAAAAACAGAAUUAAACUUUGUAGAAACUUUGUAUUUCAAUCGUUGGUUUGUUUAUUAGGCAAAAAAAAAUUUUAUAUUUCUUUAGCUUUUUCGAAACAAUACAGAGCAAUAAGUAGAGUCUUCCUGAGCAUAUAUAUACAAGAAAAAAAUUAAUUUCUAAAAUAAAAAUUGACUAGACUUUGAGCUUAUAACAAUAGCUUUUAAAAUUUUAUUUAAACAAAAUUUUAUCUGCCAAAUAAACAAACUAGCGAGAGAAAAGGAAAAAAAAGAAAAUCCAAAAACAUGUUUCAUCACGAGAAAGAUAGAACAAGUAAAAUUAUUUUCUCUUUCAAGUAAUGAAUUGUUUUUGGAUGCACUUAAAUAUAGCAAAUGAUAAAUAAUUUUAUUUUCAUUAAAAAUUUUAUAACCGUCAAUAUUGUUAAUCCUCAAUUACUAAACAAACUGACUUACUUUAUAUGCUAUCAUUGUAAUAAGUUUUUAUUAUUUUUUUUCAUUUUAAACAAUAUUUUUUUUAAAUAGCCACGUAAAGUUUACGUAUUAUUAGUUUAUGCCUACUGCGUUUGGCGGACGUCUGUGAUUAUGGGAAUUU